CGCACCAUGUAGGGCUCAAUAUAGGGGGGCCCGGGCGCGACCAUCCGCGCUGCGGCGGCGGCGACUCUGCUCUGCCUCAGUCUGCAGCGGGCAGCCGGAGAGUAGCAUCGUGCCCGAGAGCACCGCUGGGCUCCUGGGCCCCGCGCGGUCCGCCCCCGCGGCUUCAGACCAGACUGCUCCGAAGACCCCCUGCCCCACGCCGCAACCAUGAACUACCUGCGGCGCCGCCUGUCGGACAGCAACUUCAUGGCCAAUCUGCCAAAUGGGUACAUGACAGACCUGCAGCGCCCUCAGCCGCCCCCGCCGCCGCCCUCUGCCCCCAGCCCUGGAGCCACGCCCGGUCCCGCCACCGGCUCUGCUGAGAGGGCCUCCGUGGCCGCCCCUGUGGCCUCCCCGGCCGCCCCUAGCCCUAGCUCCUCGGGGGGCGGUGGCUUCUUCUCGUCUCUGUCCAACGCAGUCAAGCAGACCACAGCGGCGGCCGCCGCCACCUUCAGCGAGCAGGUGGGCGGAGGCUCUGGGGGCGCAGGCCGCGGGGGUGCCGCCGCCAAGGUGCUGCUGGUCAUCGAUGAGCCCCACACGGACUGGGCGAAGUACUUCAAAGGGAAAAAGAUCCACGGAGAAAUUGACAUUAAAGUAGAACAGGCUGAAUUCUCUGAUCUCAAUCUUGUGGCUCAUGCUAAUGGUGGAUUCUCUGUGGACAUGGAAGUUCUUCGGAAUGGGGUAAAGGUUGUACGGUCUCUGAAGCCGGACUUCGUGCUGAUCCGCCAGCACGCCUUCAGCAUGGCACGGAAUGGAGACUACCGAAGCUUAGUCAUCGGGCUGCAGUAUGCUGGAAUCCCCAGUGUUAACUCUUUGCAUUCUGUCUACAACUUCUGUGACAAGCCCUGGGUGUUUGCCCAGAUGGUUCGGCUGCACAAGAAACUGGGGACAGAAGAAUUCCCUCUAAUUGAUCAGACCUUCUAUCCCAAUCACAAGGAGAUGCUCAGCAGUACAACAUACCCAGUGGUUGUGAAGAUGGGGCAUGCACACUCUGGGAUGGGCAAGGUCAAAGUAGACAACCAGCAUGAUUUCCAGGACAUUGCAAGUGUGGUGGCACUGACAAAGACCUAUGCCACCGCCGAGCCCUUCAUUGAUGCCAAAUAUGAUGUGCGUGUCCAGAAGAUUGGGCAGAACUACAAGGCCUACAUGAGGACAUCUGUAUCAGGGAACUGGAAGACCAACACUGGCUCUGCGAUGCUAGAGCAGAUUGCGAUGUCUGACAGGUACAAGCUGUGGGUGGAUACGUGCUCAGAGAUUUUUGGGGGACUGGACAUCUGUGCAGUGGAAGCACUACAUGGCAAGGAUGGAAGGGAUCACAUCAUUGAGGUGGUGGGCUCCUCCAUGCCGCUGAUUGGUGACCACCAGGAUGAAGACAAGCAGCUCAUCGUAGAGCUGGUGGUCAACAAGAUGGCUCAGGCCUUGCCCCGGCAGCGGCAGCAGCAGCGAGAUGCCUCCCCUGGCAGGGGCUCUCUCAGCCAGACUCCGUCCCCAGGGGCCCUGCCCUUGGGCCGCCAGACGUCCCAGCAGUCUGCGGGGCCCCCGGCUCAGCAGCGCCCCCCACCACAGGGCGGCCCUCCGCAGCCGGGUCCUGGCCCCCAACGCCAGGGACCCCCGUUGCAGCAGCGCCCGACCCCACAGGGCCAGCAGCACCUUUCAGGCCUUGGACCCCCAGCUGGAAGCCCCCUGCCCCAGCGCCUACCAAGCCCCACAUCAGCGCCCCAGCAGCCUGCGUCUCAGGCUCAGCCAAUGACCCAGGGCCAAGGCCGCCAAUCGCGCCCGGUGGCGGGAGGACCCGGAGCGCCUCCUGCAGCUCGCCCGCCUGCCUCCCCGUCGCCACAGCGCCAGGCGGGCCCGCCCCAGGCCACCAGGCAGGCGUCGGUCUCUGGGCAGGCUCCGCCGAAGGCCGGAGGGGCGCCACCUGGUGGUCAGCAGCGUCAGGGCCCGCCUCAGAAGCCCCCGGGGCCCGCGGGCCCCACCCGCCAGGCCAGCCAGGCCGGCCCGAUGCCCCGCACUGGGCCACCCACCACGCAGCAGCCACGACCUAGCGGCCCAGGCCCCGCUGGACGUCCUGCCAAGCCGCAGCUGGCCCAGAAACCCAGUCAGGAUGUGCCGCCAACCGCCACCGCUGCUGCCGGGGGACCCCCGCACCCCCAGCUCAACAAAUCCCAGUCUCUGACCAAUGCCUUCAACCUUCCAGAGCCAGCCCCGCCCAGGCCCAGCCUUAGCCAGGACGAGGUGAAAGCUGAGACCAUCCGCAGCCUGAGGAAGUCUUUCGCCAGCCUCUUCUCCGACUGACACCCCACCCUGAAAGGCCCCCAAAUCACUGGGCAACCCCUCUCUGGGCCCUGAAUCCACUUCUCACUUUUGGAACCUCCAAUUCCCUUCAGAAGCCCUCUCCUGGCUCACCAAGAUCCCUCUUCUCACUCCUCAGAAUGCCCCUGUCCCUCGAGAAACCGCACCACCUGGUCCUACAUCCAAAUCACACGAUCGGAACCCCCAAGUCCUUUUAGCACCCUGUGGCUGGUCACCUCCAGACUAACUUCUCAGUUUUAGAACCUCCAACUUCCAGAAGACCUCCACUCCCAGUCCACUCUUUCUCUUCCUAGAAAUUCCCAACCACCAGUCAACUGGCUCUGGCCCCAAAAUUACUGGGUCCCCUCCUGAAGUCCCUGGAAACCUCUAUUCCUGGGCCCAGAUGUUCCCUAUCAAAACUUCCCAAGUCUUUACAAACCCCGUACCUUUGAACCCCUUUUCUGACACCUCCCGUCUUUGGAGAUUCACCUCUUCAAAUGCCAUCAUCCUGCCCCACAAAGAUUCUCUUCACACCCUGAGCCCCAUUCAGCAUAUUGGGAGCCCCUCCCAUUGCUAGGACCCCUCAUUUCUCCCAGGGCCCCUUGCCCCACUUUCCUGCCUCUGACAGCCGUCUUUAAAUAUGCAAACAUACCCACCCUCCCAGAAUCCUUUGCACAUGGAAGGCCAGUGGUCCCCCACCCCAACCUUUGCUGUGAUGUCUGUGUCUGUGACUGACGUGGCCUCCUCUCGUGCCGUGCUUGGCAUAUGUGGUCCUCGUUCAUUGUGCCGCCUGUGGUGAUGCGUGCAGUGGCGCUGUUUGUGUGGUCCGCACUUCGCCCACCCUAAUCUCCACUCCUUGCCUGGACUCAUCCCCAUCCUUCAGUGGCUCUGAACCCCAUGAGAAGAGUCGGGAAGCAAAAUAAACAAGCAAAGGCCCA